GGGAGGGGCCGCGAAGAGGGAGUAGGAGGAAGCGGCAAAGGGCCGGGUGGCGGUGGCUGUGGGUUGUGCGACGGCGGCGGCUCUUCCCAGGGCGGACGAUGGACAGCCAGGGCAGGAAGGUGGUGGUGUGCGACAACGGCACCGGGUUUGUGAAAUGUGGAUAUGCAGGCUCUAACUUUCCAGAACACAUCUUCCCAGCUUUGGUUGGAAGACCUAUUAUCAGAUCAACCACCAAAGUGGGAAACAUUGAAAUCAAGAAUAACAAAAAGAUGGACCUAAUGGUUGGUGAUGAGGCAAGUGAGCUUCGCUCAAUGUUAGAAGUUAACUACCCAAUGGAGAAUGGCAUAGUACGAAACUGGGAUGACAUGAAACACUUAUGGGACUAUACAUUUGGACCAGAGAAACUUAACAUAGAUACCAGAAAUUGCAAAAUCUUACUCACAGAACCUCCUAUGAAUCCAACUAAAAACAGAGAGAAGAUUGUAGAGGUAAUGUUUGAAACUUACCAGUUUUCUGGUGUGUAUGUAGCCAUCCAGGCAGUUCUGACUUUGUAUGCUCAAGGUUUAUUGACUGGUGUGGUGGUGGACUCUGGAGAUGGUGUGACGCACAUUUGCCCAGUGUAUGAAGGCUUUUCUCUCCCUCAUCUAACUAGGAGACUGGAUAUUGCUGGGAGGGAUAUUACCAGAUACCUUAUUAAGCUGCUUCUGUUGCGAGGAUAUGCAUUCAACCAUUCUGCUGAUUUUGAAACAGUUCGCAUGAUUAAAGAAAAACUGUGUUAUGUGGGAUACAAUAUUGAGCAAGAGCAGAAACUGGCCUUGGAAACCACAGUAUUAGUUGAAUCGUACACACUCCCAGAUGGACGAAUUAUUAAAGUUGGGGGAGAGAGAUUCGAAGCACCAGAAGCUUUAUUUCAGCCUCAUUUGAUCAAUGUCGAGGGAGUUGGUGUUGCUGAGUUGCUUUUUAACACAAUCCAGGCGGCUGACAUUGAUACAAGGUCUGAAUUCUAUAAACACAUUGUGCUUUCUGGAGGAUCUACUAUGUAUCCUGGCCUGCCCUCGAGGUUGGAGCGAGAACUUAAACAGCUUUACUUAGAACGAGUUUUAAAAGGAGAUGUGGAAAAACUUUCUAAAUUUAAGAUCCGAAUUGAAGACCCACCCCGCAGAAAGCACAUGGUAUUCCUGGGUGGUGCAGUCCUGGCCGACAUCAUGAAAGACAAAGACAACUUUUGGAUGACCCGACAAGAGUACCAAGAAAAGGGUGUCCGCGUGCUGGAGAAACUUGGUGUGACAGUGCGAUAAACUGCAAGGCUUGUUUCCAUCACACCCCUAACGCUUUCUUUUUUCCUCUAUUGCCAAUCUUUGAACUCAUUCAACUUCAGGAUGUGGAACAGGCCUCUCUGUGCCCUUUGACUGGAAAGGUCAAGUUUUAUUCUGGUGUAUUGGGAAAGCUUUGUUGAAUUUUUGUUAAUGUGGGUUAAUCUGGCUGUUUAAUGCAACCACUUCCCUACAAGCAACCGGAGGGCAAAGGGUCCUGUCUGCUGCUUUGUUUCCUCUAAGUAAGCAUUUAGAUCUCUCCUGUAGGCUUCCUAUUUUCACUUUACUGCUCUAAUGCUGCUAGUUUAGUCUUUAGCACAGUAGGUGGUAUGCCUCUAUUAGCAUAAGAAAAAACUUCCACAGGAGCUUUUACAUAUUACUGGGUGGGGGGAUGGUUAGGGAUGGGUGGGCAGCCCUUGAACCCUUUAGGGUAUUUUCUCUGUAGCUGUGCUUUCAACAGAUACUGCUGUAGCUUUACAUACUUUAAAGCUUCUCCUAUUAACAUCUUAGUGAAAUAUUAAGCUCAGAACUAAAGUGUUUUGGGUAGGUUUUGUGUGGUGGAGGGAGUGGGUGGUCUCUUGAUUGUGAUUUUUGAGGUUUUCUGCUCCAGGGUACAUAGGAUGAACCUUAUUUACAGUACUUUGAAUUGGCAAAUUUUCUUUUGAUCUGUCUGGAACUGAUUCUAUAUGAUAAGCAAGUGUAGUAUUCUAUUACCAUGUGGCUUAAGGGAUUUAUUUGUUUUUAAAAAUCAGUGAUAUCGGCUGGGACUAGACUCCCUAGAAUCUAUCAAUGGAAAAGUAACUUUUAAAAACACUUUUUAAAAUUUGAAUUACAGAUAAAAAAGUGUUUGAGAACUGGUGUUUUCUAAAUGCUUCUAUUUAUUUCAGAAGCAUUAAGAAGUAGUAAUCCAGUGCUAAGCACCAUUCUUGCAAAUUACUCUUUUAUGUAACUGAUCAGUGCUUGUUUAAUAAAACACGCAGAUGCAUGUACAUAAUUACUGGCAGUAGGUCAUAAUUGUUGUGUUAAAAAUGACAUUGGAAUAUGGGACUUGAUGCCAGUUGAAUCAUUUUCAUUUUUGUUUGUUUUGAUUUGAGACCUGGAAGUGGAAUAAAAUUUGACUAUUUAAAAUGUUGGCCAAAAGCAAUCAAGAUUUAAAUAUGCAUUUUUACUGAAAACUAAUCAUAACUGCUAAUUUGUAGCCAUCUUUCAUACUUGAAAGAAGAGUGGCUGGAAUUUUGUAAAUAUUGGCAAACCUUCCUGCCUGUGUCAGUGAACCCUACUUAUAAGUCCAGUUGUCACUGCUUGCUGUCUGAGAAAAUAUCAGUUAGCACCCAAAUGGGAGUUCUUUCUAAAUUUGAAAAAUAAAAUAAUGAGAAACUAUAUC